AAGGAGAGCCUCUGCUACUUUUUAGGCUUUAAAGUGUUACAGAAGGCAUAGAUUAUUUUCACCGUCACCGUCACCGUGACCGUCACCGUCACCGUCACGAACACCAUAGCCCACCACCACCACCACCACUCUUCUCUCUCUCUCUUCCUAGAAACAGAGUUGAUUCUGUGUUUUCUUGUUUUCAAUCUGUUUGGUGGUGAUUGACUUAUCUCCUGAUAGUUGCCUUUCUGGAGAUUCUGUUUCACUGCUGCAUUUUGAAAAUUUCCGAUGGAUCGUAAGAGCUGGCCAUGGAAGAAGAAGUCCUCCUCUGAGAAACCUGCUCCAGUCACGGCCCAGGACCAGGAAAAUGGGAAGAAGCCUAGCUACAUCUCCUUUGACCAAUACUCUCAUCUCAAUGGUUUGAAAGAUGACGUUCACAAGUACGAGGCACAAGUCCUCAACCUACAAGACCAGAUCAAGGAGUUAGAUUCCAAGCUGUCUACAGCUAAUGCAGAUAUUACAUCCAAGGAGGCUAUGGUCAAACAGCACUCCAAAGUCGCUGAAGAAGCUGUCUCAGGCUGGGAAAAAGCUGAAGCAGAAGCUUCGGCUUUGAAAACGCAUCUCGAAACCGUGACGCUCGCUAAGCUCACCGUUGAAGACCGUGCUGCGCAUCUAGACGGAGCUCUCAAGGAGUGUAUGAAACAGGUUAGGAGUCUAAAGGAAGAGAACGAACAGAAGCUGCAUGAUGUCAUUGUAAGUAACACCAACCAAAUGGACAAGAUCAGAGACGAGUUCGAGUCCAAGAUCCGAGAGUUCGAGCAAGAGCUGCUCCGUUCCGGAGCUGAGAACGACGCGCUGUCAAGAUCGCUGCAAGAGCGUUCCAACAUGGUGAUAAGGAUAAGCGAAGAGAAGUCGCAAGCAGAGGCCGAGAUCGAGCAUCUCAAGAGCAACAUAGAGUCCUGCGAGAGGGAGAUCAACACUCUCAAGUACGAAACCCAUGUGAUCACCAAAGAGCUCGAGAUCCGCAACGAGGAGAAGAACAUGAGCAUGAGAUCUGCGGAGGCAGCGAACAAGCAGCAUUUGGAAGGUGUCAAGAAGAUUGCAAAGCUGGAAGCCGAGUGCCAGAGGCUACGCACUUUGGUAAGGAAGAAACUCCCUGGUCCUGGGGCGCUUGCGCAGAUGAAAAUGGAGGUUGAGAGCUUAGGGAGAGGAGGAGACCAUCAUAGACAGAGGGGGUCACCUGCUAAGCCUUCUAGUCCUCUCAUGUCUCCAAUGUCACAGGUCUCUGGCUUCUCGUAUGACAAUAUGCAGAAGAUUCACAAAGAAAACGAUUUGUUGACAGAGAGGUUACUUGCAAUGGAAGAAGAGACAAAGAUGCUCAAAGAAGCUUUGGCUAAGCGUAACAGCGAGCUUCAGGUUUCAAGAAACCUCUGUGCUAGGACAGCAAACAAGCUUCAAACAUUGGAAUCUCAGAGGAUGAGUAAUCCUCCUAGUAUGGCUUCAAUGUCUGAAGACGGAAACGAAGAUGCUAGAAGCAUCGCUGGGUCUUUGAUGUCUGAUAUCUCUCAAACCAACAAGGAUAAAAACAAAACGAAGAGUGCUAACCAGUUGGAGCUUAUGGAUGAUUUUCUAGAAAUGGAGAAGCUAGCUUGUCUACCAAGUGGUGAUUCUGAUGCUGAUGCUGAUGCUGAGAUUCCACCGCUGAUGAAAAGAAUCUCAACUUCGCUUCAGUCUCUUCCCAAAGAUGCUGCUUUCGAGAAGAUUUUGGAAGAGGUACAAUGUGCCAUUGAAGAUGCAGGUGGGCCUAAUGUAAAGGAGAUACCCAUGUCAAGUGAGACCACAGAGGAAACAGUUAGCCAAGAACUGGCUCAUGCUCUUUCUCAGAUAUACCACUUUGUUUCCCACCUUGCGAAAGAAGCAACGCCGUGUCAGGACACGUUCUCUCAAAAAGUUCAAGAGUUGUCUGUCACUUUGGACAGAGUGUUGAGCAAGGAGAAGACUCUGGUGGAGUUUGUGUUUGAUCUCUGUCGUGUUUUAGUAGAAGCUAGUGAGCUUAAACUCAACGUGGUGGGAUUUAACGCAUCUGAUGUGGAGAUUCACAGCCCUGACUGCAUUGAUAAAGUCGCUUUACCGGAAAACAAAGCUCUAAAAGAUUCAUCAGGUGAGCAUUACCAGAGUGGUUGUUCUCAGAGCUCUGAUUCCGAGAUUCCAGAUGAUUGCAUCGGCUACGAACACAAGCUCUCAGCAGUUGCUUGUACAUUUACAUCAGAAGAGUUUGAAGGGUUGAAGCUGGAGAAAGAAAAAGCAGAGACCAACCUUGCAAGCUGUGAAGCGGAUCUUGAAGCAACUAAGUCGAAACUACAAGAAACAGAGCAGCUUCUUGCUGAAGUGAAGUCAGAUUUGGAAUCUGUUCAGAGGUCUAAUGGCAUGGCCGAGACGCAGCUCAAAUGCAUGGUUGAAUCAUACAGAUCUCUGGAAACUAGAUCAUCAGAGCUGGAAAUCGAGUUGAGUUCUCUUAAAAGCAAAAUAGAAAACUUGGAAGAUGAGCUUCAUGAGGAAAAGGAAAACCACCAAGAGGCUUUAACCAAAUGCCAAGAACUCGAAGAGCAAUUACAAAGGAACAACCAAACCUGCCAAGUAACUGAAGCUGAUCCCAAAAGCAAACAGGACAAUGAAAUAGCAGCUGCUGCAGAGAAGUUACAGGAGUGUCAAGAGACUAUAUUGCUUCUCGGGAAGCAACUCAAAUCCAUGUGUCCUCAAACAGAACAAGUUGCUUCUUCUCCAAGCCACGACCAAGCCCUAAUCCCCGAAGAAGAAAACGAAUACACAACUUCCACAAAUCCUCAAGUCAAAACACCAAGUUCGCCUUCAGACAAGGAAACACCAUCGAUGACUACAAUGAGAUCUCCCGUAGCGCCGAAACAUAAACACACCAAGUCAAACUCACCAUCCUCCUCCUCCUCAGGACUUACCCCUGAGAAACACUCUAAAGGACUAAGCAGGUUAUUCUCCUCUAAAGCAAAGUAUUAAUGUAUAAGCUUUGAAUAGAGUUUGGUUCAAUAAUAGAUUGUAUCCGGUACAUGUGUAAACCGGGUUUCAAUACUAUAUAUAUAAUGUAAAUGUUGAAUCAUUAAUGAAAAUAACAGAAGAUAUUUCUAUUU